CCACGGCGCGGUUUACACACUGCCUGCACCGGCUGUAAAAGUUUUGAGAUUGCUCAAAUUUUUUAAUAUUUGUUAAAACUAAAUAAAAUUGUUAUGUCGUUUUUUAUAAUAAAUAGCUAUUAAAAUGUGGUCAAAUUCUUUACAUCGUAUAGGCCGUGCUAUUAUCCAGUUUGGAGUAAAUGCACUGCGAACACCAGUUAGCGGUAGUGAAAGCCGAAUUUCAUCCUCCUUGUUAAUGCUAAAGCACCAGAACAGUGCCAAAUUGUCAACAAGAUGCGCCUUGGCUCAUCAAUUUCCAAUCAAAGCUUCCUCUCCAAGCCCAAUCUCUCCAUCGUCGUCUUUAUUCCAAAAAGUUAUGUGCUUAUCUGAGAAAUUAAAUACUAACGGUUGCUCUCGGAGCUUUGCUUCAUUAGAAGAAAUGCAUCGUUGGGGUGGACCUCACAAAAAGUUUCGACCUCCACGUAAACCCCUUGAUGGCAAACCCAUGUUGAAAGGUAUUGUUCUGAAGACCCUCAUUAAAAAGCCCAAGAAGCCAAACUCUGCAAACAGAAAGUGCGUUCUUGUUCGACUCAGCAAUGGGAAGGAGGCUGUUGCAUAUGUACCCGGCAUUGGACACAAUCUUCAGGAGCACAACAUUGUUCUAGUCCGUUGCGGAAGACUGCAGGAUGUUCCUGGAGUUAAAUUAAAAUGCAUUCGAGGAAAAUAUGACUUGGCACAUGUUCAAAAACAGAGUAAAUAAUGAAUAGAAUUAGAGUCUUGUUAAACAGUCAGCUUAGUUUAAAUAAGUUUAACUUGUAUAAUAAUAUACAUAAUAAAUUUCUUAUCACCGUGAAGACAGAA